AUGCUAGAGAACAGCGGAGCAAUUUUAUCUGGCCAUGACAUGGAGGACAAGUCGUCAUGUAUGAUGGCGUCAAACUCUCACAUGAUGGAACCUUCUGUCAGUAUGUAUCCCAUGCCUCCCCACAGUCUUACGGAGGAAGAUCAAACCAACAGAAACCUCAAGGCGGACCACAGUGACUCAGAAAUCCCGGACGAUGUCAACUCACCAGAAUCAGACAUCGAGAACUAUGAAAGUUUGAAAUUUUCUGGGACAUCCACGCUUUCCCAGCAGAGGAGAAGGUUCGCGGACGUCAAACCGCCGUAUUCUUACAUCGCUCUCAUUACAAUGGCCAUUGAAAGUUCUACGUCAGGAAUGAUGACAUUAAAUGAAAUUUACUCUUUUAUCAUGAAUCGUUUUCCUUACUUCAAAGAGAAUCAGCAGCGGUGGCAGAACUCCAUUCGACACAAUCUUUCUUUGAAUGACUGUUUCUUGAAAAUACCUAGAGCUCCCGGACGACCAGGCAAAGGCAAUUACUGGGCUCUCCAUCCCGGAUGUGGUGACAUGUUUGGUAAUGGAAGCUUUCUGAGAAGAGCGAAGAGAUUCAAGAUUCAACGAGCAAAGCGCGAGGACCCAGCUCAUGUUCAACAUGUGAAUUCAUACGGACAUUUUAGUUUGUAUGGAUCUCCCUCUGGUUAUAAGCCCUAUCCAUCUUUCAACUCUAUGGCACUUUCUGCGUUUUCUCAGGGACUGCCUCAACCUCAACAGUACGGACUGCCGUCUAAGCCGGAAUCUUGGAACACUUCGGCUCACAGCGGCUACUCCCCAUACUACAACACGCCAGGGAUGAAUAUGAACAUGAACUCUACAUUAGGAUCGUCCCUCGGGUCUUCAAUUGGUGGAUCUUAUUUACCGGGGUCACAGGUUCCGUCCAUCCCGCCCUCCACCGGAUCUCUCCCAGGGUACUCCUCCCUCCCCCCGCCGUCCACCUACUGUGGUUCUCAAUAUACCGGUCUUCAGAGACUGCAGACAGCCCAGUGAUAAUGCUCAAAACUCUUGUGAUAUAUUGUGAUAUCAUUUUAUUCAUCUCAUCGGAAUAUUUUGUCUCAAGUGACCAAGAUUUCUUAUG